ACAAUUAUUUCGUUUUUCAUCAUUGAGAGCCGACGUCAUUUAGGUGGCACGUAAAAGGUGAUAUGGGCAUGACCGUUCCCCAUACCUGCAAUUCACAAGUUUUUCCAGUGAGUAACCAACAGGAUGAACACUGCCACUCCCACUGAAAAUGGAUUCACUCUCCUGGAGGAAGGAUUCUCUGCCCAGGAUAUGGUUGACAAGAUUAUCAAUGAAUCAUCUAUGACAGAUGACAGGGAUGCCUUCUAUGUCUGUGACGUGGGAGAUUUGUUGAAGCAACACCUACAAUGGGUGAGGGCCCUGCCUCGUGUCACUCCUUACUACGCUGUCAAAUGUAACGACACUCGGGAAGUGGUUAAGACACUGGCGUCCCUGGGAAUUGGCUUUGACUGUGCAAGCAAGUCAGAGAUUCAGCUGGUUCAGUCUUUGGGAGUAGAACCAAGCAGAAUCAUCUACGCCAACCCCUGCAAGCAAGUUUCUCACAUCAAGUAUGCUUCAGCAAAUGGGGUCCAGAUGAUGACCUUUGAUAGUGAGGAGGAACUUAUCAAAGUGGCCCGUUUUUAUGACAAUGCCAAGCUGGUGCUACGAAUCACCGCUGAUGACUCAAAGGCAGAGGUUAGUCUCAGUAUGAAGUUUGGGGUCCAUCUCAAAUCCUGCCGAGGUCUUCUGGAGCGAGCUAAAGAGCUGAAGCUGGAUGUGAUUGGUGUCAGCUUCCAUGCUGGCAGUGGCUGCAGGGAUGCUAUGGCAUACGUAAAGGCGAUCACAGAUGCUCACUUUGUUUUUCUUAUGGGGGCUGAACUUGGGUUCAAAAUGGAUCUCUUGGACAUUGGUGGUGGAUUCCCUGGUACAGAUGAUGUCAAACUCAAAUUUGAAGAGCUCACAGCUGCUAUCAACCCUGCUCUGGACGAGUAUUUUCCUGCUGACACUGGUGUUGAGAUCAUUGCUGAGCCAGGACGUUUUUUUGUAACUUCUGCUUUCACACUGGUUGUCAACAUCAUUGCCAAGAAGGUCAUCAUGGACGAGGAGUCAGACUCUGAUGAUAAAGACAAAGUGAUCAACAACAAGACUCGGAUGUACUACAUCAAUGAUGGGGUGUAUGGAUCUUUCUCAUUCAUACCCUUGCACAAUUUUAAGGUUCUGCCAACACUGCAUAAGAAUCCAAAGCCAGAUGAAACCAUGUACCCAUGUAGUAUCUGGGGCCAAACCUGUGAUGGUGCGGAUCGCGUUGUUGAGCAGUGUUUCCUGCCUGAUCUGCAGGUGGGCGACUGGCUGGUCUUUAAAAACAUGGGUCACUACACCAUAGCUGCCUCCUGCUCAUUUAAUGGAUUCCAAAGACCCGACAUUCACUACAUGAUGUCUCGUCCUGCCUGGCCUGCCAACUCCUGUGGAGGAGUCUCACCUGUGUGAAAAGUCAGCCAGUGGCCAAGAUGGAGAGAAACAUGCACAGAAGUCACAUUACUUACUAAUAACUCACAAAGAGUUUGAACGGGUUAUGUAUGUAUAUAUAUAUAUAUGUAUAUAUAUAUAUAUAUAGAUAGAUACUUUAUACAGACCGUGACUACUGUGUGUAAUUUGCAUUUAAAUGUCUUUAACAUAGACUCGUGUUAUAAGUGGUGCAUGCACGGUAGUAUGGCAAGCCGUUUUAACAUUUAAUCGAACCACACCCCUAUCCAUAAUAGCAUUUCUAUUAUUAAUGGCAGUUCAAGUUAUCUACAAUAACAUUCUGAGUAGGAGAAAUUGUAUUUCAAGAUAUCUAAAUCUUUAUUUCUCCCUGUCAAAAUUCAAUUCAAGAUAUCUUUAAACCCUUAAAAGUGGCCAUUUUAACAUUUAAUAGCUAGACUGGGUAUGUAUUACAGAUAUCUGUUAUUCAUAUCUUCCUAGUCAAAAAGAACAUUUCAGAUAUCCACAAUGACAUUCUUCAUAGGACAAAUGACGUCACUUUUGCCAUUCAUGUGUAUCGCAUUCACACAAUUGCAUUCUGGAUAUCUUUAGGUUAUUAACAUAACCCCGGUUCUCUGAGUAAUAUGAGUGAGAUGUCUCACUAUGGGAUGCACGCCCCUGCUGCAGCCCUCAUAAGCAUCAAUCUCAUUACGCCAAACCUGAUUGACUGGUGAACGUGUCUGUUCGCAAGAAGGAUUGUCUGGUGAGACAUCUCACUCAUAUUACUCAGAGAACCGGGGUUAUGUCAAUAACCUUAAAUUCUCUUUCAUAAUAUUUCGUUCGAUGUCUCACUAUGGGAUGUGGUAGCUCCUGUAUUGCCAGACAAGCUUGUCAAGCGUCCGCCAACCCACAGGGGCGUGCAAGUUACGGAGUGGAAACGUCCAGCAUAUAGAAACGAACAAAAGUGAGAGGCGAGGACCAACUCGCCGCAGCACAUACAGUAUGUCCUGAACAGAAACCCCUCUGAAUAAGGCCCAGGAUGCGGCCAGGCACCGAGUCGAGUGCACUCGGUGGCUGCAAACCCUGACUCGUAUAUGACAAAGCCAUCCCCUCCACCACCCAGUGGGACAGGCGCUGCUUUGUGACAGCUUUCCCCAUAUGUGGAUUUGUCAAUCAGGUCCUGCAGGAAUGACAAAAUCACUCCCACCGGACACUGAAAAGGAACGUGGCCAUUUCUGUGACACUAACUCUGUGUGGGUGGUCGAAC